AUGGCGACAGGUUUUUCGAAAAAAAUAUCAAAUUUUAAAAAACAACACAACCGCAAUCGUCUCACAUUACCUCAAUUACUCGACGAGUCUCAACCAUAUGAACAACUAAGUCGUCUUUGUGAUGAUGAAUUAUCAGGACUGGGAAAGAAAAAUCAAUAUCUUUCAAAAAUACAAGGCUCACUCAUUGGUCUUGCUGUUGGUGACGCUCUCGGAGCAUCAGUUGAAUUUCGUCCACAUUCGUAUAUGGUAGCGAAUCCUGUGUCAGAUAUGACAAGUGGUGGUACAUGGAGUUUGAAUGCUGGCCAAUGGACUGAUGAUACAUCAAUGGCACUUUGUCUAGCUGCUAGUCUUAUUAGCAAAGGUGGCUUUGAUGCUUACGAUCAAUUAGUACGAUAUAAGCGAUGGUUUAGAAAAGGUUAUAUGUCUUCAACAGGUAUCUGUUUUGAUAUUGGCGCUUCAACACGUCAAGCAAUUAUUGAAUUUGAAACUCGUCAACAUCAAAGUGCUCAAAUAUUAAAAGAACAGCAAGGUUUUACUGUAAAAGAAGAUUGUUUAGACAAAGAAAUAGGAGAAAAACGUUCCGAACUUAAUUUUAAUACAGACUGUGGUAAGUCGGAUGCCGCAGGUAAUGGAGCACUGAUGCGUUUAGCGCCAAUACCAUUGUUUUAUUUUCGAUCAAUGACGGAAGCUGUUCAACACGCUGCGAAUAGUGUGAAAACUACACAUGGGGAUCAGAAAGCAAUUGAUGCUUGUCAAUUUUAUGGUGAACUAAUUUGGCAUGCUAUCAAUGGUGUAUCUAAACGUGAUCUAUUAUCUACAAAACUCUUUCAAAAAUAUUUAACAGGAAAUAUUGACAAAAAUCUCAUGGAAAUCAUUAAAGGUUCUUAUAAAAACAGACCAAAUGGAUACGACGAUGGUAUUCGUGGAAAAGGUUUCAUAUUAAAUUCACUUGAAGCUGCUUUAUGGGCAUUAUGCUAUGAUAACAAUUCUUUUGAGAAAGGUGUUCUCUUAGCCGUGAAUUUAGGUGAUGAUACUGAUACGACAGCUGCUAUUUACGGGCAGCUUGCUGGUGCUAUUUAUGGUAUCGAUGAAAUUCCAAAACGCUGGCGUGAUCAAUUAUUUCAAGCAAAUUUUCUUCUUACAUUAGCAAAUGGAUUGUAUGCUAAAGGAAAAAAUCUCAAUCUACAAAAACGAAAAUCAACUGCUAUUGAAGACGACGAAGAAAUUUCGUCAUCAUAUAAAACAAGACGUCAGGGCUCAAGCGACGGAAAAAAACAGCCUAAUAUCAUUCCCGAAUUUAGAUAA